UAUCAUUACACUUGUCUUCCUGCUUCCUUACAUUUCCACACUAUUUAGCAGCCGGCCAUCCCCGUCAGACUUCAAAAAUUAUUGUGAUUCGAUUUCCUUUUCAUUUAACUUGAAAUUAUUAUUAUUAUUUUUUUAUAAAUUGCCUUAGAGCUAUUCGCUUUGCCGCCUCAAUGUCGUAUUCUGUGCAUUCUUUCUUCUUUUAACUGUUGUUUUCAUUUUUUUAUUGUAUGGUCCAUACUGCUUGCGGUCGUUGGUUUUCUCGUUGGGGUUUUCGCUCGGCAUGCAAUUCGGCUUUUGAUGGGCACACACUAUUCGCAAUUGUGUGCAUGUGUUUGUUUGUCUUAGCUGUAAAGAGGCCCACUGAAGUUGGCCACCCACAAGGCCACAUUUGACUUGCUUAGACCCUUGAAUGUUUUCAGCUUCUUUCGUUUCGUCUUCGUCUUCUCCUUCUCCUUCUCCUUUCCCUUUUUUAACACUUUGAUGUAGAGGUAAUGCUCAGGAGCUUUGUGGGUAAUCUCCGUCUUAUGUUAGAGGCUUUUAUUCUUAUGCCCACUUGAGCUUCGGCCUGGUUUAAGGAUAUCUUUGUUUCUUCUAAGCUUGGCCAUGGCCCCUGCAGGGAAAGUUACUGGAUUUCAUAAAGAGGGUAAUGACUGGUUCUGUAAUGCAGGGUUGCCAAGUGAUAUUACUGUUGUUGUGGAUGACAUAAACUUCCACCUUCAUAAGUUUCCACUGGUAUCAAAAUGUGGGAAGGUAGCACAAAUAUGCAAAGAAUCCUUUGAAAAAACUUUUACCAGAGCCCUUGAAGAGUUCCCUGGUGGUCCUAACACUUUCCUGAUCAUAGUGAAAUUUUGCUAUGGCAUGCGGGCAGAACUGACACCAAGAAACAUAGUAAAUGUCUAUUGUGCAGCAGACUACCUUGAAAUGACAGGUGAGUACGGGGAAGAUAACUUGCUAUCCAAAUCAGAGAGUUUCUUCCAUAAGAAUGUACUUCGCAACUGGAAGGACUGUAUAUUGGCUCUUCAGAGUUCUGAUCCUAUUAUGCCAAGGGCUGAAAAGCUCCAAGUAGUAAGCAAAUGUUUGAAUGCUUUAUCUGUGAUGGUCUGCACAGAUCCUAGUUUGUUUGGAUGGCCCAUGAUGAUGUAUGGUAGCUUACAGAGCCCAGGUGGUAGCAUCCUGUGGAAUGGAAUAAACACUGGUGCAAGAAUCAGAAGCACAGAAUCUGACUGGUGGUUUGAAGACAUAUCUUACCUCAGUGUAGGUUUGUUCGAAAAACUAAUCCACACAAUGGAAACAAGAGGAAUAAGACCUGAAAAUCUUGUGCGUGCAAUUAUGUACUAUGCCAGAAAGUACCUACCAGGUCUGGGCCGGUGGCAGAGUGGACAAAGUGGCAAAACUAGAACCGUUGCCAGUUUCAGCUUGACACCUGCUGCUGUUGAUCAAAAGGUUUUACUGGAAACUAUUGAAAAGCUUCUCCCAGAAAAGAAGGGAAAAUCCUUCUGCCGUUUUUUACUGGGACUUCUUCGUGUUGCAUUGAUUUUGGGUGUCAGACAAACAUGCAGGGAGUCUUUAGAGAGGAGAAUAGGAAUGCAACUGGAAAUGGCAACCCUCGAUGCUCUUCUUAUUCCUACUUACUCAGAUUCUGAUACUUUAUAUGAUACUGACUGCAUGGAACGGAUUGUCCAUCACUUCAUGACUUCAGAAUCAAGGAUAACAUCAUUUUCUCCAUCAUUGGACCUGGAAACAUCACCAUCAUCGGAACCAUUAAGAAAAGUUGCAAAAUUGAUGGACAACUAUAUUGCGGAGGUUGCUUCUGAUGUAAAUUUGAAACCCAUGAAGAUACGUUCUCUUGCAGAGGUACUUCCAGAAUCUUCAAGACCAUUGCAUGACGGGCUAUAUAGAGCCUUGGAUGUAUAUUUCAAGGCCCACCCCUGGCUGUCGGAGAGAGAGAAGGAAGUACUUUGCAAUGUCAUUGACUACCGGAGACUCUCGAUUGAUGCCUGUGCCCAUGCUUCCCAAAAUGAAAGGUUACCACUUAGAGUUGUUCUUCAAGUCCUGUUCUUUGAGCAGAUGCAGUUGAGAACUGCUCUUGCUGGCUGUCUCCAUGUCUUGGACACUGAAAGUGCCACUGCAGGUCCCGUGACAGUCCCAACUGACAUGGCAGGACAAAUUGUACAAAGAGAUGGGUGGGUAACAGUUGUGCGUGAGAACCAGGUUUUAAAGGUAGAUAUGGAAAAUAUGAGGUCUAGAGUUGGGGAGCUUGAGGAAGAAUUUGGCAAAAUAAAACAAGAGAUGAUGAGGGUGACCAAAUCACAUAGCUCUCUUAGUUCCCCUAGCUUGGUUGCUCGAAAAAUUGGGUGCAAGCUUCUUCCACGAUCCUUGGAUGCCCAACCAGAUACUGCUGACACCACUGGGCCCACUCCAAGAGCAUCAGUUGAGCAACCACGUUCUUCCCGGCAUUCUAGACAUAGGAAAAGUUUCUCUUUGUUUUGAGAGCUCAGCUAACACAAGGGAACUAGAUACUAAACAUGAAAAGCCUGUAUAUUCCAGAAGGCAGUACAUAUUCUACAGAAAGUAUUGUGUAGCAGCACUGGAUUAGGCUGCAGCUUCUUUCCAUCCUCUCGAAGCAUACUUAUUUCAAGCUUCUUCCAGCAUCUGAAAGGAGAGGUAUUUUUCUCUCAAAUUUUUUGGAUUGGUAGGUUUAUUGUGAGUUGUUGAACAGAAAGCUGAAAAUGCCAGAUGCUCCAGUCCAAAUCUGGACUUAUACGCAUGCUAUCCCAGAUUUUGAGUGGAGCUACCAUGCAUCAUAUAUUUAUCACAGGAUCAAGAUGUAUUUAUCCCAUUAGAAGCUCUUUUUUUUCAAUCCUUUCAUCCUCCCUCUUUUUUAUGAGGUGUAUACGUGCAAAGCUCUGUGAAUUGUUUUUAAAGAUUGUAAUUGGGAAUAUAUCAGAAAAUUCAUAUUGCAAUGUCUAGACUCCUCCUGAAUUAGUCUGACAUGCAUAUUCUUUUCGGUUAAGCAUCCAAGGAAGCUUCAUAUUUUCAAGUGCAA